CCGCCCGCCGCGGUCCCGGCACCUGCCAACUCCCGGCAGCCGCGCACCCGAAAGAGCCGGUCGCGAAGCGACGCGGCUACAACCCGCCCAGCAAUGGACAGGAAGGUGGCCCGGGAAUUCCGGCACAAGGUGGAUUUUCUGAUUGAAAAUGAUGCCGAGAAGGACUAUCUCUAUGACGUGCUGCGAAUGUACCAUCAGACCAUGGAUGUGGCUGUGCUGGUGGGAGACCUGAAGCUGGUCAUAAAUGAGCCCAGCCGCCUGCCACUGUUUGAUGCUAUCCGGCCCCUGAUCCCGCUGAAGCACCAGGUGGAGUAUGACCAGCUAACGCCCCGACGCUCCAGAAAGCUGAAGGAGGUGCGUCUGGACCGUCUGCACCCUGAAGGUCUUGGCCUCAGUGUCCGUGGCGGCCUCGAGUUUGGCUGUGGUCUCUUCAUCUCCCACCUCAUCAAAGGCGGUCAGGCAGACAACAUCGGACUCCAGGUAGGGGAUGAGAUUGUUCGGAUCAAUGGAUAUUCUAUCUCCUCCUGCACCCACGAGGAAGUCAUCAAUCUCAUCCGCACCAAGAAGACUGUGUCCAUCAAAGUGAGACAUAUAGGCAUGAUCCCAGUGAAGAGUUCUCCUGACGAGACCCUCAAAUGGCAGUAUGUGGAUCAAUUUGUGUCAGAAUCCGGGGGUGGGCAGGGGACCCUGGGCUCCCUUGGGAGUCGGGAAAACAAGGAGAAGAAGAUCUUCAUCAGCCUGGUGGGUUCCCGGGGCCUUGGCUGCAGCAUUUCCAGCGGCCCCAUCCAGAAACCUGGCAUCUUCAUCAGCCACGUAAAGCCUGGCUCCCUGUCUGCUGAGGUUGGGUUGGAGACAGGGGACCAGAUUGUCGAAGUCAAUGGCAUCGACUUCUCCAACCUGGACCAUAAGGAGGCUGUGAAUGUACUGAAGAGUAGCCGCAGUCUGACCAUUUCCAUCGUAGCUGGAGCUGGUCGGGAGCUGUUCAUGACUGACCAGGAACGGCUGGCAGAGGUGCGGCAACGCGAACUACAGCGGCAGGAACUUUUGAUGCAGAAGAAGCUGGCGAUGGAGUCCAACAAGAUCCUCCAGGAACAGCAGGAGAUGGAGCGGCAAAGGAAAAAGGAAAUUGCCCAGAAGGCAGCAGAGGAAAAUGAGAGAUACCGGAAGGAGAUGGAACAGAUUGUGGAGGAUGAAGAGAAGUUUCGAAAGCAGUGGGAAGAAGACUGGGGCUCAAAGCAACAGCUGCUUUCGCCCAAAACUAUCACCGCCGAGGUGCACCCAAUACCUCUUCGCAAGCCAAAGUAUGAUCUGGCAGUGGAGUCCGAGCUCGAGCCUGCAGACGACCCAGACGGAGGCCCAGAGGAGCAGAGAGAGCAGGAUUUCCGGAAAUAUGAGGAAAGCUUUGAUCCCUACUCAAUGUUCACUCCAGAGCAGAUCAUAGGGAAAGAUGUCCGGCUCCUACGCAUUAAGAAGGAGGGAUCCUUAGACUUGGCCCUGGAAGGUGGUGUGGACUCCCCUAUCGGGAAGGUGGUUGUCUCAGCUGUUUAUGAGGGAGGAGCUGCUGAGCGGCAUGGUGGCAUUGUGAAAGGUGACGAGAUCAUGGCAAUCAAUGGCAAGAUCGUGACUGACUAUACGCUGGCCGAGGCUGAGGCUGCCCUGCAGAAGGCCUGGAGUCAGGGAGGGGACUGGAUUGACCUGGUUGUUGCCGUCUGUCCUCCCAAGGAGUAUGACGAUGAGCUGACCUUCUUCUGAAGUCUAGAGGGAGAAACUAAUUUCACCCUAGAAGACGAUAAGCUCUGGACCCACCCACCUGGACACAAAACCAGGGACCAGCCAUG